AUGGUGUGGUUGUCGCUGUCAUCGUUGUUGUAUGCUAAUGAGAAAGGACCAGUAGAAAGUGGGAAAACUGUCAAUGUGGGAGAGAGUAAAGAUUACCAGGGAAACCAUCUUGGUGGCUGCUCUUCAUUGGGGGCUGUCCCACACCUAAGGCAGGAAGAUGGUGGCCACAAGGAAGAUGAAAAGUCUCUGGAGUCUGUCAACUCUAGGCUCCAACUCAUUAUGAAAAGAGGAAAGUACGUGCUGGGAUACAAGCAGACUCUGAAGACGAUCAGGCAAGGCAAAGCAAAACUAGUCAUCCUUGCCAAGAACUGCCCAGCUUUGAGGAAAUCUGAAAUAGAGUACUAUGCCAUGUUGGCCAAAACUGGUGUCCAUCACUACAGUGGCAAUAAUAUUGAAUUGAGCACAGCAUGCAGAAAAUAUUACAGAGUAUGCACACUGGCUAUCAUUGACCCAGGUGAUUCUGAUAUCAUUAGAAGCAUGCCAGAACAGACUGGUGACAAGCAAAUCAUGUAA